CGGAGUUAUAACAAAAAUGACGAUAGCCGUGACAAUAAAGACAAACUGACAUCAUUUAGGAAACAAAUCUCUAUUUUUAUUGUAGUGUUGUCAUGUAAACAGGGAAAUGAAGGUAAUUAAUGAAAUCUGACAAAGGAAUUAAAUAAAAAAUUGUUCAUCUUCGUUAGCACGUAUCACACAGCUGGUGCAAAAAGGAAGAAAAAUUACAUUCCUAACGUGUGACGAGCUAGCUCUGGCGAAAGAAAGACGUAAAGCAUGAAGAAUAUAUUAUAUCUAUUAUUAAUCAGUUUAGCAUGUACUAAAGUUCAGUAAAACGUUUAUGAGCUUUGGGCAUGGGAGACAUUUUUUCAGAUCUAGCCUAAACAAAUUAAUGUGAUUUGCGUAAUUAGAUCUGGGACGUAAAGUGGUCAGACUGUAUCUACUACUCGUUUUUGUCAAUGUACACGCAAUCAGACAGAGUGCCUAUUCUUUGAGGAUCCUGGAAUUUGGAAAUCAGCAAUAUCGUUAGUAUGUAUUCUAUACUGUUUCCAUGGGUCAAGUCCGUGUAAUUUUCUAAGUACAAUAACAACUGAUUUCAUUUGGGGGGAGCAACAAUUAGCGUUUUUCCUGCUACAGUAGGCCGAAUUUUCGUGUCGUGUGGUCAUUUUUUCAAUUUGUCAUGCGUACGUAAUCGCGUGCAGUACGAAUCAUUACAUUUGAUAACGUGUGAGACUCCAUAGUGGAUAUGUGAAACGAAUGGGGAUAGAGCGUUGACGGAGAUACAGUUGACUCUGAAGAGGCAUUAAUUAAUUAAUACGCUAAUUUCUAAUGAGUGAUCGGAAGUACGAAACAACGAUCACUAACAAGCAGCACUUAUACGAGAUCGCUCAUUCUCGUUUAGCUGUAGCACCGUUGGAAAUCUUUAUUUUUAUUAAUUAUCCCGUUUAGGUGAUUAUGCGCAUAAUUAAAUAUAAUCAAUAGAAGUAAGUGAUGAGAGCAAUCUGCUAGUCGAAAACAGCCCGAUAGCCUACUUUAGGUGAGCAAUUAGCAUCAUUGUUCACAGUGUUUAGGUCUAGUCUGUGUUCGCCUUUGCUUCUGUCCUAAAGGUCCCUUUUCGUCUUAUGAUCAAAUGUGUUUAAGGCAAAGCCAGCGGAUGUAUUCCCAGUUGAAUAACCCGUAUGGACAAGACGAUUAUUGGUUACAAUUAUAUAGAAGCAGUACCAUUUACACGUUAUAUUGUUCCAUUAUAAUCAUCUUGUUGAAGAGUUCCUUUGACGAUUUUUGUCAGACACAGAUAAUUGGCUACCUAAAAUCUCUGUCCCAAUCUGUGUAUACAUUGAGAAAUUUAACUUAUAGUUUCAUUUUACUUUACCUUAAUAUCCGUACAUGUUCGAAAGCUACCGGAACGAAUUGUAUCGUCAUCACACGGGGCUGUUCCUUUAACGCGUUCGCCUUCUUAAACCGCGUGGACAGGUUCUCGAAAUCACCCUUUCGAUAUAGCAUCCAGGAUUUGCUUCCACUAGAUGGCCACUCACCGUAUUGCUGACGCAAAACAGCUCCCUAAAAGGCCUAACAUUUCUCUGAGAAAAAAAAAACAGCAUUCAGGACACACGUAGGCCUUCAGCUGAAAAUUGCAGACAUUAUGCUUCGGGCGCCGCAGCCUCUUGUGGCCAUAGUUUCGCCAACAGACCCAGGCGAUUUUGAGGCUUAGGUUAUUUUUCUAAGCCCCAAUACCCUGAUACCAAAUACUUAGUUAACUUCAAUUAAAGUGCAUAGCUGAAUCGAAAAGCACGAAUAUUUGUUUCCUAAAGAAAUAGUAGUAUGCAGAGAUAGGUAACAUACCUGUACAAAGCGCUUUGUCGAAAUUGCAAAAGUCGUAUUUAGUAUUAUUAUAUAUCUAUUCAUCGGCCACAUUUAGCAGUAAAAGGAGCUAACUCUAAGCAGACUAAAACAAGGAGAGUUGCUGCCGCCGCCGCCGCUUUUAGGUGUGGCGCAGCGGUAGCUUAUUGUCGUAGGGAGCGAAAUUCGAAAAAACCCUACAUGAGUGCAUUGUCCAUAUACAAUUAAUUAAAUUCCUUAGAGCUAGCGGCAAAUGCCAAUCUUUUAUUUAGCUUUAAUUAAGUAGGUCUGAUUGAGGAACCUUUUUUUUUCUUUGUUAUUGUACAACAUGUUUUGUCUAUACACCAGCCUUCAUUUGAGUACAACCCGCUACCGAAUGACAUUAAAACAUAACGGCCUUUUCGUACUCUAUUCGUCAUUGUACCAGGACGUGACUAUGUCUACACGUUUUCGCAACCUAUACAUGUAUGACCUAUGAGCGUACCUCGGGUUUAGUCAACAACGAAAUAUAGACAAACAACAAGGAUCUACAUUCAUUAUCAGAUGUAAGUGAGUGUUUCGUACUUAAACGACCAAGGUGCUUAUUGCUGCCGACGUAAUUACUGCGACGCACUAAGUUGAAAGAUAAAAAGAAAGUUAAAUCAUUAGACCGUCGAAUGAACGCAACAUCUACGGUGACUUAUAUAUAACCCCUAAACGACGCUACAACGCAACGAACAUCCGUUUAUUGGAUUACUCAGCCUCAAUUCCGGUUGCAAAAGCAUUCGGAAGAUCGUCAUUUUUAUCACUGCAUAGCCAUGACAAUAUAUAAUGUACAUGGAUAGAACAUUAGUUGCACAGUGAGCUUAUCAAUAUUGGACUACUAUUACCAAAAUUAUUGCUAAUUACCACAAGCGACGUUUAAGGCCAUAUAAUAAUGUAAUUACAGCAGAAUAUGAAUAUGAUCACUGUAUGAGCUCAUGCUCGCCGUGCAUCGCGUGCUGAGAACUGAACCGUUCGUGAGUCUUAGGUAAAAUGCAAAUGUCGUUUUUUCCAAUGCCGAAUUCCCAACUACACCGAAAGAGGCCCUAGUAAUAAAUCGUACAGCAGUGAACACAAGCUACAGUCACGGAUGCAAAAUUUAUUCCUUAAACUACCUAGCUUGAGAGAACUACUUGAAUCUCAUAUGAAGUAGAAAAAAUCCUUAGCGCCGUUAUCAAUGAUUCCGCCGGGUCAGACCCUACGUGAAUGAAAAACGAGCCUCUUUCAACACAAAACACAAAGACAGAACGUCGAGCGAACGACUGUAAAAAAGGAAAAUAAUUGAGACAGAACAUUCGAUAUCUCUCUCUUCUCAGGAGAAUCUAUUUAAUUUUACCCUAUAAUAAUCAAAAGUGGGUUACACUGUAUCCGUAUUGUGCCAUUUCAGUCUGAAGCCGGUAGCAUGGCAACGACUUCCGUUAGUCACUUGGUCUUAUGUAUAUGAUUGAUAUUGUCGAUCAACUAGGUGCCAUCGCCUCGUACGCAUGCACGUACGAGGCGAUGGCACCUAGCUGACAUAUAUGUAACAUAAUGCAUUAUAUGAGGCGGCUAUUGCGACGAAUCAGUCGGACGCUGACUUGUAUGUAUACAGACUUGGGCAUGUAUACAAGACGAACGACGGUAGGCACGGAAUCCUACACACAAACAAAAACACGGACGGACACACAUACAAGCACGUCGUACUCUACGAAAAUAUCGUAUAUAAUGAGACGUACAAUAAAACACGAGAUAAUUAUAUCAUACCGAUUGUAGGUGGAUGACGAUGACUAUGGAAAUAAUGUAAUAUUAUUUUGUAAACAAGUAUAUACAAUUGCUCGGCUAUCCAACGGUGAUAUGGUUACCAUAAGGGCAUGUUUACGUGCGGGCAAAAUGGUGAAAAUAUUAUUGUGACUAUGAAGCCCUUCUAUUGAAACUAGAACGACGCGUGUGGAGAGUUGCCAGACGAAAAUAGCCAGAGGGAACAAAAGAAAGCAGUAGUAUCACGAAAGAGCGUUCAAAUAAAAUCUAUGAAUACCACCCACAUUAUCAUUGCACUUAAGCGGGCCAUAUAGCGAAAAUGCUAGCCAAAGUCAAAUAAUGUCACCCAUUGGUUUCAAGAUCAAGGGAUGAACACAUCUCUAGAACCCUCGUAAUUACGAAACGCAUUUCUAGAUUCGUUCGAAACGCGAAAUAAAGUACGACCCGUACAAUGCACAGUCGUCCUUACGAACUUCGUGACCGUCAUAUAUCUAUAGGUUUUGCUGUCGUUUUUUCAAAUAACAUAUACGCAUACAAUUAUACAUCGGGAACCUUACUAACGGAUUUACGCUCCUUCCAGAUCCGGCGAUCAGACGCAUUGGUAACAUGAAGGGAUCGCUUCGAAAAACGAUUCUAAUCAACCGACGUUUCAACCAGAUUGCCUCAUACAACAAUGGUCAACAAUAAUAAAGGGAAACGGAUGUAAUAUCUGUGCAAUAAGAAUAUAAUAAUACUGUCUUAGAUUGUUGUUACUGUGUGAGAACUAACAAAGUAGGUGUGACUCCACUUCCCACUAGUGAUUUGCGAAUGUCCCGACGAUGGGAUCACAAAACCAACCUGAGACCAGCCCGUCCACCAUAACGAGCGACCAGAAGCGGCGUUCCUCGAGGAACUUGAGAAGAACCUCGAAGCGUUCAGCGAUAUAAACAUUGACGAUCUAUCACCAGGGUUCGUUCCUAUAAGUCCCGUAGAGGGCCAGCGAUCCUGUUCGCUUGAUCCUACCUUAGCUGGCAGUUCAAGGCGCAGAGAUCUACCCGUUCUUCAUGCUCCUUGCUUAGUUUCAAUGGAGACGGAAAAUCCCUCACUUGUUUCUACACAGCAACAGGAAGUACCACAGAUAGCUACAGAGACCACGAUGCCAUCUGCUCAAUUUUCUCUAUCGAUAACUCCUGUUCCAAAAGCUUCAUCCCCCCAAACGGUGGCAGAGAUGGCAGGUGAGCUUCGAUUGUUCAAACCGUCGUCUCUUACUAUGUUGACACCAUCAGCCUUCGGUAGUGCACAGAUCGAGGUCGCAUCCUGUACUUCAAAUGCAGCCAGUGUACCGCCGCCGCCAGCAUCCCAAGCUUCAUCAACAACGUUACGGCGUUUCGAGACGUUACCUUUUAAGCCGUCCGACGUUGGCCGCACCGUAUGCGAGUAUUGUAAUCGGGACUUUGUCUACCCGGCCAGACUGCUUCGGCAUCGUCGAGUUCAUACUGGCGAGCGACCAUUUAAAUGUGAGUUUUGCUCGAAAUCAUUUACGCAGAAGGUGCACCUCAAGCUUCACACAAGGGUUCAUACGGGGGAAAGACCAUUUAAAUGUGAUCGCUGCGUGUAUGCUGCUUGUGACGUGUCAGCCUUGCGUAAGCAUAUGGUAAAACAUAGCUCCCAGGAGCGUACCCAACAGGCCCCCAAGCACUCGCAGGAUCAAGCAGGACUAUCGAACGAAGUACUUGAAUUCUCAGAACAACAACAACAACAGCAGCAGCGGCAGCAAAGUCAGUCGGUUCAGCCACAACAGGAACAGCAAUUACAUCUGAAAUCCUCAUCGCGUCCCGUGUUGCCCUCGUCCGCACAAGCGGCAUCGCUGGAAGGCGCCACGCUUGAUUACGCGGCCAGACAGCUCUUAUGCCAUAUCAAGUUAAAAUGCGAAUUCUGCACGUAUACGGCGAUCUCUACAGCUGAUCUGAAAGCUCACGUCGAAAUUCACGGACCAGCUCCAGGAUCGGCGGAUGAAUCCUCACAGGACGAAAGCAUUCCACCGUCUUCCCCAAUAGCCGUAAGGCAGCAGGAGACUGUGAAAGAAAGGCAGGAUGUAUUUUCCCUAACAAGCAAUAGGACAUCACCGCUGGUGGCAGAUUCAAGUUCACCGCCAACGAAAAACGUUAUUGAUCGGUUUGAGUUCGUUUUAUCAUCACGCAACAUUCCAGCGAACUAUUCGUCGCCCAAACGCAACCAAUUUCAAUUACUAAAUGUUCGACAAGGAGAUACGGCCAGCUCGGCCUACUCGGCACAAUCUAGUUCUUCAGACCAGGUCAAAUGUUCCACAGGGUUGCAGCUUCAGCACACAGCGUCAGGAAUAACGUUACCCGAAGACCGUAUCAGCAAUCUCGUUAGUACCGCUCGGUCGCAGGAACGCCAGGAUCCAAUAACGAGCGCAACAGUAUUCGACAAUGAUAGCAUCAACAUUGAGCCAGGUACGGCUAAUAACGGUAGCUGCGUUCGCAGUGGGAGUUCUUCAACAGCGGCAGCAGCAGCUGGCCGCGACAGCUUUUCGCCCUCUGCAGGCUCUGCAUAUGUUACCUCGCAAAAUCAAGUAGCAAAAGCAUCCCCAUUCGCGUGCAUGACGCCUUCACGUGAGCCGUUUGCCGACGACGAAGAUAACGAAGAGUGGAUGGUUCGCUGGAGUAAACCGGCACCUGCUUCAGUGAAAAAAGCGCGUCUGCUCUUUAAUCGAUAUCGCAAUAUGCGUUCGCCGAUCAAAACGCGACGUUCGACGCUACCCACGAAGGCGCCAGUGUAUCAGAAACUCGUUCUGCAUUUACCAUCAGUACUUGAGGAUGGCCAGCCGGUUUCAAGUAACUCUGCGGCUGAUUUGGCAAACGUUCCUUCUCCAUCGACAGCAAGCCAGCUGGCGUCGACUAAUAUACAGUUAGCGUCACCGAUGCAUGCGGCGAGCACAACGACCUCGACCGUUAUGUCCGAGGAAUCAGCCAACAGCAGCAGUAGCAGCGGCAGCACUACCUUGACAGCUACUUCGUAUCGAACGAGGUCUGGAAGCGUACCGAAAGCUGACGGAAGCGAGGUCACUUCGCCCAAACUUGUUAUUAGAACGACAUUCGAGCCGGACUCAUCGGUCGCCGCUGCGCCAAAAGUGAAGUUUAAGAUUCGACCUCAACGUUUUAAAGAAGUGAAGGAAACUUCUGUUGACGCUGGGACGUCAGACAACAUCAGUAGUGUCAGUCAUAAUAAAAAAGACAAUACUAAGAGUGAUACGGGGUCGCGAAUUUCAGCAGGACAGCCUAUCGAUCUGGAUACCUCGACAGACGAAGAUGAAAGGGAAAAGGAUCCCCAAGCUACGAUUCGAAGUUCAAGAGACUUCUCGACGACAAGUGCGUCAGUCACGCCGAUCACGACAAGAAAACGCAUCUCCUCAUCGAAAGGCACCUCUGCAUUAGCAGACUCGGCCGUUUCAGAUUAUGCCAACUUGCGGCCAAGACGUUCUGCCCGACCAAGGACAAAAAUUUCGUUUUCAACCUCCGAAGACGAAGACCAGCCUAUGGAAUUGGAAAUUGGCGAAUUCGAGUGUGAUAAAUGCUGUUUCCGUACGAAGAAACGCAAUGAAAUACUCGUGCACAAGCUGGAACACGAAAAGCCAUAUCAGUGCCAGGUCUGUGGGGUGCGAUUAAAGAAACGUACCUUCCUCACGCAACACCUCACGAUUCACACGGGCGAGCGGAACUUUAAGUGUGACGUGUGUGGUUUAGCGUUCCGUACAUCCAGCAAUCUUAAAGGCCAUAUGGAGGUACAUAACGAGACGAAAAGAUACAAAUGUGAUUUGUGCGACGCUAGCUUUGCUCAGGACCGCUAUCUCAAGAAACACCUAAAGAUUCACUCAUCGUCAAAACCCUACCCUUGUGAGGUAUGUGAUUACCGAGGUCGGACUAGCUAUGACCUCAAAGAACAUCUAUGGGUCCACUCGCCGAUUAAACCAUACAAAUGUUUCGAGCCCGGUUGUGACGCAAGCUUUAGCCGCAAGAACUAUCUUGAAAAUCACAUGGCCCCCGAUACCUGGAAAAGAAUCCUGGCCGCCCAAGAAGGCGAGGACGCGGGCGACGACUAUGAAGAAGACGACGAUCAGGACGAAGACGACUCAUCGUCGUUCAUUUGUGCGUUCUGCGAACAGAAGAUCUACUCGAACCAGGAAACGCUAAUGGAACAUGAAGCCAAACAUUACUACUUGGCCGAUUUGGUAGACAUGCCUAUUGAUGUUGACCUGGAACCGGACGAGUUGGACGUGGCAGAUAUCGAUGGUGAGACUGGUGCGGAAGGUCUCGAGUUGGUGGGCGUCGAAUCAUUUGGGGAGGUUCACCGAUCGAGGAACGGUGCUCUUAUUCACUGUUGUUCAAUCUGCCCCUACAAGACGUGUUACCGAUCAAACUUGCGUAGACACGCAAGAUCGCACACCGUGUUCGAUGUCCCAUCGUGUGUAUCUGCUGAUAAUGCCGCUACGCUUGUUGUGAAUGUCUCACCCCACCGGCACGAAACGUCACUAAAGCACCAGCAUCCGCACCGAAGCGCUCACGCCCUCAGGGGGUCUACAGUUCCAGGGGCGCACCCCGGAGCGCCGGCUCCACACAGCCAAAGACAUUCGUGCAGCUUCUGCAGUUACUCGACAAUUUACAAGGACACGUUAAUCAAACACGAACGAACACAUACUGGUGAUCGUCCAUUUCGCUGUCUCAUCUGUGGGUACGCGGCUAGCCAACGAAACAAUGUCCGCAUCCACGCGGCACGAAAACACGAUUUAUUGACUGCCUUCGUCGACUCAUCAGUGGGCCAUCGUUGUGAGUUUUGUCUAAAGUUAUACGCAACCCGUCGAAUACUCGAGAUCCACAUCAGCACCGUUCACCUAAAACAGCGGCCGUAUCCAUGUGGUAUCUGUCAUCAGACGUUCACUCAACGGGGAACCCUCAAUAGGCACUUACGUAUACAUACCGGCGAGAGAUUCCAGUGCAUCGAUUGUGGUCGUUCCUACACGCAGAAAUUCGGCCUACAUAUGCAUCGUAUGCGGGGACUUUGUCCGGGUAAAAUCACUUCUAGUCAACAAUCUAGUCUUAUGAGUCUAUUCAAUCUAAAGCUCUUGGAGUCUUCGGGUUUAUUAGACUCGCAGCCGUCGACCUCCGCUGGAGCCGGGCCAUCCGCCUCGGCAGGAUCCUCCUCUUCGGGAACGUCGACAACAGCUUCCGCCGCGAUUCCCGACAGCGAGAGCCAGCACUUUCUACGAAACGGCAGUAAAGGCUUUUAUCAUUGCCUCCAUUGCGAGUACAAGACUCUUUGCAGAUCACAUAUGAUUGACCACGUACGAACUCAUACGGGUGCACGUCCGUACAAGUGCUAUGUGUGUGGCCGGUGUUUUACUCAGAAGAGUCCGCUGAAUGUACAUUUAAGACGAGUUCACGGAGAACUGCUCUGACACCGCAAAUCCUUAUUACAUGGACUUUCGACUCCGCUGACGCGUAAAUUUCGUUCGUCCAAAAGGGGCGACCACGGAAGAACUCGUCAGUGCACUCUCUCUAUUAUCGUUCAAGCUUCGGGUAAACUGUGCCCUGUUCCUCCAAGAACGACUCAUCGUUCGCUAUAACGUGAUACAUUAUGAACCUGCGAUAUACUGAAAUAGGGUUACACUUGUUUGGAUCGAAACGAUAAUUUAUUAUCGCUGAACACAACAGUUGUGCUUCAGAGGCGGUUGAUCAGUAAAAUGAGAUCCAACUAUUCAAGCUCUGUCAUUCGUUCACCUUUGAUUUCUAUCCACGACAAAGUGCCUGUCGCAGUGAAGUGGUUCUGACAGGUUGUGGAUACCUAUAAGGUUUACGCGCUCGAACGCUAUAGAUUUCGAGCAUUACGAAUUUGGUUUUGGAAUGAUGGUUUCAGAGAUGAGAACGCAUGAUGCAAACUAGUAAUUGCGUGCCUCAGACAAAGAAUCCUGUUGGUGAUGGCUUUUUUGGCUCCGGAGUUAGAACAACCGACCAAUGGUAAUUCCAGAUAGUUCUAGUUAUAUACGAGCGCGUUGUGAUUUUUGAGGGUGUAAACGUGUUGAAACUAAUAGUUUUGCGAUAUGUUUACGGCACCUGUACAGUAAUGUUUUCUUGAGGGGCUUGUUCUUUUGCCUUCGCAGCCGCGAUAAUUAAUGACGGAAAUCAGGUCGACUCUGCGGAGUAAAUGCAGAAUGAUUAUGUGGAACUCACCUAUGUACAUAUCAACAUUUUUUUUCCACUUGCAAUAAAGAUUCUCGCGCGCACUCUUAUCUACAAUACUUGAACGAAUCCAUUUGAAAGUCGACACGGCAAAACGUGAAACAAAAGUUUAUCCGCUCCCUACUUAGACCUGCUGGCCGUACCUUACUACUAAGGGUACACCUAUCUUGAUUGACUUUAAUCUUUAUUAACCACCCAGUAGUAGCAGAGCUUUCAACAAGCGCUAUAUAUGUCAUUGUUAAGAAAUUAUAUCAAAGUGUUCAUCAUCGUAGAAUCUCAUCAAAGUGUCACAGUUAUCGUAAAAGACGACUUCACCCUUCGCGUUAGAAUUUAAAUUUCUGUUUCGGCUAUGUAAUCACGUUUUUGCAGGUGAUUUUCGAAAUGGAGCAUCCAUUAGACGAGAACAACUGGUUUUGUUUGUCAUAAAACUAUACAAAAGGUUCCAAAUGUGAUGCAAGUUCAAGCACUCCACUAAGUGAUUUUAAGCUAGUAUUGUAAACAUUAUAGUUAUAUUUAAAGUUAGUAUUGCCAUUAUUAUUAGUAUUGUUUGCUAUUGAUUUCCGGCUCAAGUGGAACCUAGCAAAAAUAAACCUGUAUACAGCAAUGGUCAGAGCUUUUCGUACACGCCAUGCUUACGGUUUUCUAGAAAAAUGUAUAAGGCCUAUUGAAUUCGGAGCAAGAUGCAACUUAACGAUGUCUAAAUCGACCUCAAUAAGCCUUUUUAUUGAGGCUAAAAUAACACGGCCUGGUUAUCUACUUAGACGAGGGUAAUUUAGUCGUCAGACAGAGCCGCAUUUUGUGCGAGAUAGCCAAAAUAGUAAUUAGAAGGAAAAGACGUUCGAAUCGUCAACUCAAGUAGACAGGAGAUAACUAUCAAUGUUGCACUUUAGCAUAGAUAAAUUUCCUUCCAAAAUGUCAGAUUCAACCCAAAUCAGGUUAACGGUAGGAUUAGGUCUUUCCCACAUGCCGAAAUUUGUCUUAAAUCAUUUUGAACGUAAUAAGUCCGCUCCGACAUGACACUUUUGGGCACUGCUGCACACCUUGUUAAGCCUUGCCUUCUUGCAAUAACUCUGAAACAGUACCACGGCGUGUGCGACCGCUCUAUGCAAUCUAUACUCUGAAUGACUGUGAAUGCACCUAGAGUAUUAUAUAUAAAAUUUAUCGUGGUUUAGAAUAUACUAUAUAUACACAUAUAUGUGCGUAUUUAUACCUCUACGUUUGUAUUAUUUUUGUGUGCCUAUAUGAAGAUUUAUCUUCAAAACAACUCCAGAGUAUAAACUAGAGGGGAGGUAGCAGGAGAGAGAGCAAAUGGAGGGAAAGCAAAUAAUAGAGAUUCGCAUUGUACAACACUGCAUCAUUAUUGUUAACAACCUUAUACAACUGGACGCGUAUUUUUUGAUACAUCUAUACUUAUUUCCUGCUGGCAUACGUACGUUAGCUCGUUACCGACUCAAGGACCUUGUGCAAUAACUAUUAUAUACAUACAUGUAUGAUUUAUAUAUACGAUAUAUAUACACAAGUUUAUACAUACAGAUGGUCGGCAUGCAAUCUUUUAUUAUAUAGCGUCGUGGGUCACAAUUUGACGUGGCCUAGUACCUGAGCGGGAUUCAACGCGUGCAUACAUAACUACUAUACGAUUUCGCGUCAAUGCUGUGACGUUAGCACGUACCUUUAAGCUAUUUCAAUGACCCUGUGAUCACACAACAGAUGAGCAUCAGUUCUUAAUAGGUACUUCUCGUGACCCUCAGACACACACACAUGCAAACGUCUGGAGAAUUCAGGUGUUACAACCGGCUCUCGCGACCUGAAAAUUCGCCUACAAUCCGUACACACUGAAGAUAAUGAUUUAACCUUUAUCAGGUUACAUUAUUAGACUUAAUCUCAAAUCAGGUAUAAGGCAAUCUUACGUCACUAUAGUUACCAUCGCUAAAACAAAGCUGUAAAUGCAAUUGAUUUUUUGUAUACUUAACAUUAAUAUAACUACAAAAAGGACUUACAUUUAUUAUAAACAAGAACUUAAUUUAUUUAUUAAUGUUUUUAGGCCCGCAACACUCACGUUACGCGUGGAGUAAAUCUUAUCGUGUAAAUACAAGAUCUUUUUAGGAACGCAAAAAGUCAAGGCAAGCAUGUUAAAGAGAUGACAGUAAUAGAAUAAUGAUAAAAACACACACGUUAUGGUUAUAAAAGAACGUAUUUACAGAAUGAUUCCGCUUAUCUAUUGAGUAAAUUGACAAAGUGUCACAUUCAUCUACCAGUACCUAUCGUUCGCAUGUAUAAACGCUGAUUACCUCUAUAUCGAGUAGAAUGAACGCAGGAUAUAUAUAUAUGUACUUUGCGCAGUACCACAUGUUAUAUUUGUGGUAGUUUAUAUUUACACAUAGCACAUGAUCAUUCAAGCUCACUGUGAUGUUUAUACAUAUAUAUAUAUAAAUGAUAUAUUUUAUCGAUACACAGGUUUCAGUACAAUUUCGCAGCAUCAUUAUGUACGUACCAUUGUCAUCUACAGAUAAAACUACUCUGUUCAAAUGCCCCUGAGCGAAUGUCUUUUUUUAAGACUAAUCACAAUGAUACUGAUAACUAAUCAUUAACAAUCACGCGAUCAUUAAGAGCAUCAAAAAAAGUGACAGAAACACAAGCAGCAGCAGCAGCAGCAACAACAAAAACGAUUGGUGAUUGGGAGCAAUGUUUAUGCAAUGAUUCUUUCCUAUGCGAUGCUGAAUAAGAAAAAACUGAGUCUUUAAUAAACACGUUUAGAUAUAUCGUAUAAGGAUAUAUCAUUAAUUCUG